CCCCCACUCCCAGAUUCCCCCCAUUUUUUUCUCUGUUCUUGUUCUCUUCUCCCUCCCACCCCUCGACUGCGUCAACAUCACAGAAGGAAGACGAUAGGCUUAACUCGGCUGCUGACCACCCAAUCUGGUCCGACUCGGCCAGUUACGCAUCACUCUUGACUCAGUCGACGACCUCAUCGCCACGAUCCAAGACUGGACUGCCAUGGCUGACGACAAGUCCAUCGGUGUCGAGAAUUAUGAACCAUCAACACGAGAAGACAGCAUCAGGAGUUCAAGUUGGUCAACAUGUCUCUGUUUAUUGUGAAUCACGGUGGAGUAUAGUGGCGCAUGCUAAAGCCAAGCCAUGGCCGCAAUCCACUGCUCCUUCACUCUCCACUCUCUUCAACCGCCGCCGCCGCUUCCUCCUCAGCUCUCCAGCCUCAGACCUUCUCUCCUCUCCGCCAGCAAACACCAAACAGCAAGAAGAACAAAAAGCUCACCGGAUACAGACCCUGCAGAGUGGAGUUCUCAAAUGACGAUGCCGAAGGCGGUUCGGCGAUGGAUUCCACCGAUGCCAGGUUCGCCGUCAUGGGCGUCAUCAGCUUCAUUCCCUACUUCAAUUGGCUGAGUUGGAUUUUUGCUUGGUUGGAUACCGGAAAACGGCGGUAUGCGGUGUAUGCGCUUGUGUACUUGGUUCCCUACCUGAGGACGAAUUUGUCGUUGUCACCUGAGGAGAACUGGCUGCCCAUUGCUAGCAUCGUUUUCUGCAUUAUCAUGUCCAGGUACAAGUUUGUGAGCGAAUAA